UACAUGUACUUGUUUCGGCCUGAUGAAUAUUAAACUGAGGCGCAAAGAUGUCUAAAGCUAUUCUCAUCUUUAUGUUCACCUUGACGAUAUUACUUCUCUUCAAAGCAACAAUUAUUUCUGCACGGAGUGGAUAUCUCCCUGAUGAGGAAAAGAAUGCUCUUCGUGAAAUAGCUGAUCAGUUGGGCAAAAAGGACUGGGACUUCAACCUGAAUCCUUGUGAUAAUAACUCAAACUGGAAUACACCGAAACGAGAAGAUAUACAAUGGUACACCAAUUCCAUCAUCUGCAAUUGUAAUUUCCCUGGUGGUGUGUGCCACGUAAAAUCAAUAUUUCUAAAAGGACAGGAUUUGGCAGGUGUCCUUCCGCCCUCACUGGCAAAGUUACCCUACCUCAAGACAAUUUGCAGAGAUCUUAGUGGCAACUACCUUAAUGGUACAAUACCCAUGGAAUGGGGAGCAACCAAAUUGGAGUACAUGUGUCUUUUGGUGAACCGCCUAUCUGGACCCAUACCGAAAUUCCUGGGAAACAUUACCACGCUCGUAUAUUUGGGCCUGGGGAGUAACAGGUUUAACGGGACCAUUCCAGCAGAACUAGGGAAGCUGGUCAAUUUAAAACAUCUCUAUCUAUAUGAUAACAAUCUCACUGGUGAGUUGCCGAUUGAAUUAAAUAAUCUAAAAAUGUUGACAGACCUUUGGCUAAUCAGUAACAACUUCACUGGAAAAUUACCUAAUUUUCGGAGCUGGACAAACCUUAAGAGCUUAGUGAUAAAAGGCAGUGGUUUUGAAGGACCCAUACCUCCUAGUAUUUCCAUCUUAAAAAAUUUAGAGGAACUAAUUAUUAGUAACUUGAAUGGAGGUGCUUCAGAGUUCCCACUGCUAAAAGACAUGAGAAACCUUACGUAUUUGACGUUAAGUAGCUGUAACAUAACUGGAAGCAUUCCUAAUUACCUUGCAGACAUUGGAUCAAUGAAGGCUAUAGAUCUGAGCUUUAACAACUUAAAAGGAGAGGUUCCAGAUUUUGAUCGCCUACCAAUUCUAACGAACUUGUUUCUGACUAGUAACUUUCUUAGUGGGCAAAUUCUAAAGUGGAUCCAAAGCAUAAGUGAAGAACUCCACGUAGAUCUUUCUUACAAUAACUUCAAUGAGACUUCUGAUCCAUCAAUUUGCAGGAACAAUAUAAACUUGUUCAGAAGCUUUAGUGGAGAAAACAGUUUAGAACAUGGAAAGUGCCUCACUCCUUGUUCAAAGGAUUGGUAUUCCUUUUAUGUAAAUUGUGGUGGAGGGGAAGUUACUGUUGGCAACAAAAGAUUUGAAGCUGAUGUACAAAUAGGAGGUUCAGUUCAAUUUGUUCACUCAAAAGAGAACUGGGGAGCUAGUAGUACAGGACAGUUUCCCUCGUUCAAGAAUCACUAUAAUGCCAACAAUGUAUCUGUGCUGAAAAUGAAGGACUCUGAACUCUAUACAGAUGCGCGUCUAUCUCCUUUAUCUCUCACUUAUUACGGGCGUUGCUUAGCAAAUGGAAACUACACUGUGACACUUCACUUUGCAGAGAUAGUUUUCAGAGAUGAUAACUCUUUCCAGAGUCUUGGGAGACGGAUGUUUGACGUUUAUAUCCAGGAUGAACUGAAAUUGAAAGAUUUUGAUAUUAAGAAGGAAGCGAAAGGAGUUGCUAAAGCUGUGAAAAAACCAUUUAAUGCGACGGUUAAGAAUAUAACUUUGGAUAUCCGAUUUUACUAUUCUGGGAAAGGAUCAAUAGACAUCCCUUUCAGAACAGUAUAUGGCCCUUUGAUAUCUGCCAUUUCUGUGGAAUCUGAUUUUAAGCCUCCGUCCGGAGGAACGAAUAUUUUCAUCCCAACAGGAGUAACAGCUUUGGCAAUUUUUUUCAUUCUCAUUAUUCUUAUUUUUUCUUGGUGGAAAGGCUAUAUAGGAGGCAGGAUCUCAAGGGAAGAAGAACUAAGGGGAUUAGAUUUGCGGACUGGCUUUUUUACUUUUAGACAAAUCAAAGCCGCCACAAACAACUUUGAUGCUGCAAAUAAAAUUGGGGAAGGUGGUUUUGGAUCUGUCUACAAGGGUAUACUGUUGGAUGGUAGUGUAAUUGCUGUCAAGCAGCUGUCUUCCAAAUCAAAGCAAGGGAACCGUGAAUUCGUGAAUGAAAUAGGCAUGAUUUCUGGUUUACAGCAUCCAAAUCUCGUAAAAUUGUAUGGAUGUUGCAUUGAGGGAAGCCAUUUAGUGCUGGUUUAUGAAUACAUGGAAAACAAUAGCCUUGCCCGCGCUUUAUAUGGACCAGAGGAAAGGCAAUUAAAAAUGGACUGGCCAACCAGACAAAGAAUUUGUAUCGGUAUAGCAAGAGGCUUGGCUUUUUUGCAUGAAGAAUCCACAUUGAAAAUUGUUCAUAGAGACAUAAAACCUAACAACAUUCUUCUUGAUAAAGACCUCAAUCCAAGGAUUUCCGAUUUUGGUUUAGCUAAGCUCGAUGAGGAUGAUAACUCCCACAUCAGCACUAGAGUUGCAGGGACCAUUGGGUAUAUGGCUCCAGAAUAUGCAAUGUGGGGUUACUUAACCUACAAAGCAGACGUGUACAGUUUUGGCGUCGUUGCACUAGAAAUUGUUUCUGGAAAGAGCAACAUGAAAUAUCGACCCAGUGAAAGUUUCAUUUGCCUUCUUGAUUGGGUCUCACGCAAUAGCCUUUCGUCUCAAGCUACGAUUUUGCAGAACGAAGGAAGGUUGAUGGAGCUCGUGGAUACAAGGUUGGGUUCAAAUUUCAAUAUGGACGAGUCAAAACGAACGAUCAAAGUUGCUCUAUUGUGCACCAAUCCAUCUCCAUCCCUAAGGCCUCCAAUGUCCAUGGUCUGUGGCAUGCUUGAAGGAUAUAUAAAUGUUCAGGAAUUUAAGAUAGAUCCAAGCAUCUACGAAGAUGAAUUGAAGCUUCAAUCACUCAGAGAGAAGUUUGAAGACUUGAAACCUAGUUCAAGUAAAACUCAGACCCUUUCUAAUCCUUCUGAUGCACUAGAAAUUGGCUCUUCGUUUACCUCUUCCAGAGAUCUCUAUCCACCUAACCUUAUAUCUCUGUGACGAUAUUAACAGGUACAUAGGAUUGCAGAAUUAUUCUCUCAACAAAUUGUCGUACUCUUGAAAGUUGUCAGAAAAUAUAUCUUCGUGUCAUACAGUAUAUACCCUAAAUAAAUAUACGAAAAAGUGCAUAUUUUUAUGGCUUGUUUAGUAAGGUUAAAUGUAAAAUAACAGACAAGAUUUAAAGAAAAAAUUUGUCGAGUUCUAUGUAUAAACAUGCACUUAAUGUUC